GGCCCGCCCUCGGCUCCCCCACCGCGCCGCGGAGCCAGCCCGGGAAGCCCACACCGGCGGGCGCGGAGCGGGAGCCCCCCACCCGCGGCAGCCGCUGGCCGCUACGCCGGAGCGCGGCAGGUUCCUGGAUCUGAGGAAGACAUAACCUUGUGGCUGCCCCCCCCCCCCCCCCCCAGUCUGGUCCUGCCAGGCCCUCAGGGUCUGAGACGCUGACCUUCACCGCCCAGCCAAGGGUACCACGGAGUUCGCCGUCUCUAGCCCUGUGCAGCUGAGUGGUGUCCUGUCCUGAACGCCCAAGGACACCAAGGAGUGGGCGUUCAAGGCACCAGAGCAAGCGCCCUCUGGGGCCUCAGGCAGAGGAGUGAAACUGGAACCGUCAGGGAACAUGAGUGAAUUUUGGCACAAACUAGGCUGCUGCGUGGUAGAGAAACCCCAGCCGAAGAAGAAGAGGAGACGAAUUGACAGGACCAUGAUCGGGGAACCGAUGAAUUUUGUCCACCUGACUCACAUUGGCUCUGGGGAGAUGGGGGCCGGAGACGGACUUGCCAUGACAGGUGCUGUCCAAGAGCAGAUGAGGUCCAAGGGAAACCGCGACAGGCCGUGGAGCAAUUCCAGGGGCUUGUAGCUCCACCAGAAAUGGUUCUGCUGUCUGAAGCCUCCACUCCAUGUCCAGCUCGGAAAAGAUGCUGCCCCCUCCUAGAACCAGUGACCCCAGGGCCCCUCUUUUCCCUAUCUGCCUAUCAGUGCCUCGGGAGGCUUGGGGGCUGGACUCCCUCUAUUCCCUCUGGCUAGAGCCCCUCCUGGAGAUGGGGUCAAGGCCACAGGACUGACCAAGUGACUACUGGUUGGCCAGAGGAGCUCAGCGGAAGCCCUUGGACACACUCAGAUCUGAGAUAGGAGCUCUCUGGGAACCCGGGAUGAGUUCCCUUCUCCUGAAUGACAGUCGAGGUGCCAUCUGUUUUAAACUCUUAACCUGGAACUCCUUAAACGGGGUAGGUGAGCGAGAUUCCCAAAGCUGAAGCCGGCUUUGCUGGGAAGCUCUCCUUACCUCCCUGCCCUUCUUCUUCCUCCUGGAAUGAACUGAAGCAGACGUCGAGCAGGGAGGGGGGGGGGAGGGUGACCACUGCCUAGUCUACUCUUUCUCUCUAGACUUGAAGCUCACAGUCCUUCAGUAUCUCUCUGCAACUACCAGGGUCUUGCUCUAGUUAGGCCUCUAACCCUGUGUCUGUCGCAUGGUGAGUUCCCCCAACAUCCAUCUUUCUUCCUUUAAUUAAAAAUUUAAUUUGAGUUCUCUUAAUGACCUCCCUCCUUCUACUACCUCUACCCCUGACCCCAUCCCUGCCAGGAACCUUAUUGUUUCUCAGUGAUUAAGACCUAGGUAACAGGUGGAUCUUUUAACCUGAUGGUAUUCCAUUUAACUCUUGGGGACCUUGCCUGCCCUCUGCCAAUCUCCCUGCUGGCCCAGGUGAGGAGAAAGAGGGAUCUGGAGAGAAAUCCGGAACGUUGCAAAACUAGGAGGUAGGUCUCUGAGCGGACCUCCGAACCACUGAGGACGGGAGGGGUGGGUGGUUGAAAACCAUCAUCUGUAACUUUAAGGAUCUUAAGGUCCUCGCCGCGUGGGAGCGGGGGACACCUCCAGUGCACGCACUCUCGACCCAGGAGCUUCUGACCUUGGGUUGGGUAAUUCUUUGUAAUGGGGGACUGUCCUGUGCAUCAUAGGACAUGUUGUAGCCUAUCUGGCCCACCCUAGUUAGGAUAACCCGGACUGUCCAGAUUAUUGCCAAGUGUCUCCUUGGGGACAAAACCACCCCUAGUUGAGGGUCACUGCUCGAGAGUCCAGGUAUUUAUUUCUCUUUCGAGUGUUUUCCUCGCCCUCCUCCCAUUUCAUUAUUCAUCCUCAGCCUGCGCCAGGCUCCACGGGCCACAUAGAACCUCUCCACAGGCUCCUUAUUCAGUGUGGGGCUCUGCUCGCACGGGUUCGCGUCCCCGGUGGAUGCGUUAUCUGCUUCUCCAUUCUUGUCUGUGGAGAAGGGGCUCCUACGGUGUGGACUCGGGAACGGGGUUUAGUGAGAUUGGGGAAGAGAGGGAGAAAAAGCAGAAGAGAAUGCCACGGACACCCCGGUGUAUCCUCUGCAAACUUUAAGGUCUAUUUCUGUGCCCCAGUCCUAGACCCAGACACAAAUAAGACUCAGGGAGUUUUGUCUGAAGACCAGGUCCCACCCCCCACCUGGCUGGAGUCUGCGUUUGGUGGGAAAACAAUGCAGGAACAGGGCCUUCAGGCAGUUUGUUUUCUCAGGUGUUUUUUCUUCUGGCCCCUUCCUUGCAGGGUGGGUAGGAAGGCAGGUCAAAACCGGUGGGCUUCUACCUGUUGGGAGGCUGAGAGGGUGGGGUCUCUCAUUAGCUCAGUAAUUAGCAGCAUCCUGUCUGAUGGUGACAGGGCAGGACUGUGGGAACUGGGGUCCACCCUGCUGCCUCCACCAUCCGUCCAGGUUAUCCCUCCUCUAGUGACGGGUUCUAAUUGUGUCUCCAUUUCAGUGUAUUUCCUGCCACUUUUCAGGGUCCAAGAUCAGUCAUACAUUCCCGAUUUACUGUUCGAAUCUAGCUAGUUGUUCUGAAAGUAGCUCAUUGUGUCCUAAAGUAGCUUAAUGGCCUGCAGAUCACACUCAAACCCUAACAGGAUAGGGUGGAAAGAUGGGGGGUGCAUGGACUGUUUGGUCACCCUGGUCUUUAGCCUUAUUCUGAUGUCUUUUCUUUGGACACAGUCCUCUUUGGUGUUCUCUCGCCUUUAGCUACCUUUUCUAAUAUGUAUGCUACCAUCACUUUAACAGUAUUUAAGAGUGAUGGCAAUGGGUUCAAGAGUCAUAAUUUAUAUUAAAAAUGUGUUGGACUUUUAAAUACAUUUUUCAAAUAAAAAAUGUUUAAGCAAAAGA